GGGCAGUACUGUUCCAACCGUUGGACGGAGCACGCAGAAUAUCACCGGUCGCUGCCCCCCUCGACCUCGUCUCCUCUACCCGGCCGCCGUCCGGUCCCUCCCUCUCCUCUCUCCGGCGGAGGCCACUCCUCUGUCUGCAGCCGCUUCCACAGCGCCACUCCCCUUCCUCACUAGGUCCGAUGGAGUUGAGGUCCAUCAAUCCGAACGUGGAUGGAUUGGUUUUGCUUUCUUGGUGGUCUUCUUCAUUGUGCAAGAUGCCAAGAUCGACGCCGGUUAACACCGAUGGACUUCAUCGUACCCAGUUAAGGCACGGAUGCGGUUUAGUUUUCAACAAUUUUGGGGGUUGAACCGAACCCUCGGAAAUCGUUUUGUUCCUUGCCAGAAGGAACUUAUCAUUGUGUGAAGGAGGUGGAGAGCAACCUGUAUGGGGAGGCGAACUAUUGGACGAGUUGGGGUUUCUUAUCUUAAGAGCUUGAUAACUUCCAAUAAUUUUAGUUGGCAAAUUCAUUGCAACUGGCAUCACUCCGAAUUCACCAGGGCUCCAUUUUGUUUUACUUUUACACUGGUGCAUUUAUUCCCGUUGUGAUUCUUCAAUUGAACGACUGAUAAAUAUGUCCGGCCAACUGGAUCCGGGCCCCCUUCCCCACUAGGGCGCAUUCGCACACACCAUUUGGACUUGACCUAGCGUGGACCAGAAGUCCCGGAAGCCAAGCCCGAAAUCCUCCCAUUCCCCAACGACUUCAUCACCGCUGCUCUUCGACCAGGGCCUAUCAAGAGAGCCAGUGAUCUCUUUCUGCUACUGGAGAUCUAUACGAAGUAAUACUUCUUAUUCGGUAAGCACUACCUUUGAUCAGUUCCAUUUUGCCCUAUUUUUUUCCCCAGGAGCAGCCAGUCAGAUCUGCCUGCAGGAUCCAAUCCAGUUCUUGGAUAAUUUCAUUGAUUUUGGUGGGGUCCUGUGAACCCACAGGAACCGAAGUGUUCGUCGGCAAGGAUGUCUCGCCUAACUUUACCAGAUGAUGUUGCAACGAAUACUGGAUGCAUAUAUGGUUCUAGUUCAUCUUCAGACCAGAUAUGUCAUCAGCAAUCAAGUGAUGAGUUGUCUCUGGAUUCUGCUGAAGAAAGUCUUGCCUUGUAUUGCCAGCCUGUUAUACUAUAUGGCAGUAUUCAGCAACGAGCCAAUCAAAAUGUGCUUUUCUGUAUCACUGAUAAGUCAAAUUUUGCAGCCAUCUUUUCUUCAAAGAAACCUUCAUUACAAGAUACAUGCAAAGCAAAAGAAGAGGAUUCAGAUAACCUUAUCACUGUCUGGAGGUACAAAUGCUGAAUUGCAAGCUCAUAAUAUCUUUCCACUCUAUGCUCUGUUUGCUAGACCUAUUACUGCUGUUUUGCCUGGAGGGCAUUCUCCACUAUAUCAGUUCAGUCGGGCUUGUUUGAUGACUUGUUUUAAUGAAUCUGGAAGUAACACCCACACUGAAGCCACAUUCAUCAUUCCUGACCUGAAGACUUCAGCUAGCAUUAUCCUUGUUAGCUGUGGACAACUUGGACAAACUCUUGAUGAAAAUAACUGCUCCAAGAACCAUUUGGAGAACUCUUCUCUUCAAAGGCUUGAAGGGAAAUGUUUCUGGGGUAAGAUACCAAUUGGUUUACUUCGUUCAUCAUUGGAGAAUUGCGUGGAUUUAAGCUUAGGACGUACUAAGGAGUUUGGUUUGACAGUUAUUAUGAACCCAGGCUUCAUAGAGCCAAAAUUUCUGGAGCAGGACAAUUGCUUGACAUUUUGUUCUCGUAAGUUUAAUGCUGCGUGUUCAUAUGAAUUACAAGUAAGCGUAUACGCGCAAGAGGCUGGUGCAAGAGACAUGUUUAAAUCUCCUUAUAAUUUUUACUUAUAUAAUGAUGUCCCACCUUCCUCUUUACUGCGUAUCAUGAGGUUAAGAGUUGGAAAUGUGCUCUUUAACUACAAGCACGACAACAAUAUUUGCAAGACAGAAGUCACUGAAGAUUUUUCCUGCCCCUUUUGCUUGGUAAAGUGUGGAAGCUUCACGGGUUUGGAAUAUCACUUACCCUCAUCACAUGACCUAUUCAACUUUGAGUUCUGGGUAUCUGAGAAGGAACAGGGUGUUAAUGUUCAGCUGAAGUAUCGUACCUGGACAAAUGAGCUUUUUCCUGCAGGAGUUGAUCCAAGACUUAGAACAUUUACCUACUUCUCAAAGCAUGAGAAGCAUGGAAGAUUAGUAACAAGAGCUGAGAUGAUCGUUCCGUCAAAAGCAACUGAGGUGAUCAGGCACGAACAUGUACUUACUACGGGAUCAAAAUCACCUGAAGAAGCCCAGGCAGGCUUUGAAGACCGCUUUGUGCAAAAGGAAAAUGGGAUUUCUGUGGCAGACGCGUCAAUUGAUCCUGCCCAUUCAUUACAUGGUGGCAAUCUUUCACCACCAAGACUACUACAGUUUGGAAAGACCAGGAAGCUAUCUGUUGAUCGAUCGGACCCCAGAAAUCAGCAACUCCUGCAAAAACGUCAGUUCUUCCAUUCUCAUAAAGGACAGCAAAUGGCAUUUGAAGAAGUUCUCUCAGAUCACGAUAGUGAAGAUGAAGUUGAUGAUGAUGUUGCUGACUUUGAAGAUAGAAGGAUGCUUGGUAGUUUCAUUAACAUUGCGAAAGAUGACAAGCGUAUGAUGCAUAUGUGGAAUUCAUUUGUUCGGAGACAAAGGGUGUUAGCUGAUAGUCAUAUACCAUGGGCAUGUGAAGCAUUCUCUCAGCUUCAUGGAGAGCUAUUUGUACAAAACCCUUCUCUACUACGGUGCUGGAGGCUUCUUAUGAUCAAACUCUGGAACCAUAAUCUGCUAGAUGCGCGCACCAUGAACACCUGCAGUAUAAUUCUCGAUGGCUUCAAAAACGGUGGCUCAGAUCCCAAGUGAAGGUCGAUAUGUUGAAAACAUUGGCCAACUUUAUGUCGUGAAUAAUUCUGAGGCAAGAACCAUAGAAUGAUGUUGCCAUUGUUUUUUCUUUAAGAACUCAUCGCAGUCCUGCAAUCUUUUUGAAACAAAAUAGUCUCGUUUCAGUCCCUAACUACAAUAAUAUGGGUGACAUUCCGCUCCAGUGAAAAAAUAUUCUGGAUGACAUGAGUUUAACAUUAAUUUUGUUUGUUAUUCAGCGACA